AUGGCCCCUAAGAAGCCAAAUCAACCCAAGCGCGAAGAAGAAAUAACAGAAGAGCCACCUGGUUGCAAUAUCUUCUGCCACUUGGCCACGCAUCCACAUCUGCCUCCCGCCCACAAGCCAAUAGUAUGGAUCCUUGGGGGCCCAGGAGUGGGUAAGGGCACGCAAUGCCACAAGAUUGUGAACAAGUACGGUUUUACCCAUCUCUCCACGGGAGACCUGCUUCGGGACGAAGUGAAGAAAGACUCGGAUCUUGGGAAGCGCAUUGCUAAAAUCAUCAAACAUGGUGAAUUAGUGCCCAACGAGGUGGUCCUACGCCUCCUCAAAGAAGCCAUCGACAGGAACAAAGCGAACUCCAAAGGUUUUCUCAUCGAUGGAUACCCGCGAGAGAAGAGUCAGGGCGAGGAAUUUGAGAAGGCCAUAUCACCCGCCAACACAAUUAUUUACUUCGAAGCCACACCAGACACGCUCAGGAAGAGAAUCCUGCACCGCGCAGCCAACGCCAAGGAGAGACGGUUCGACGAUACGGAGGAGGCCAUUCAGAUCAGGCUGAAGACGUUCAUGGAGAACAAUGAUCGCGUGCUGGCUCAGUACCCGCAUAAGUUCAAAAAGAUAAACGCCGAGAGAACUGUUGAUGAGGUUUUCAAAGACGUGGGAGCGAUUCUGGAUCCGAUAGUGUCUCUGCAGUAUUAAUAUUACGAA